CGCUGGAUUUGUUCACCAACGAGACAUUCGCUGGGGGUGUUUGCUGCCUUGGCUUUGUUUACACCUCAGCAGUGACAACAAGGUGGCAUGGACACUAGAUAAUAAAGCUUUAGAAUCAUAAUAUCUUCAGACAAAAUGGAGGAGGAAUCAACAAAAGCAGGCACUACUAAUAAGGAAAUUGUUGCUGCUCCAAAGAGAGAAAGAAAAAUAUUCCGUCCUACUCGUAAUGUUGUCAAGGGGGUCCCGACUGAAAUAGAAAAUGACCCCAAACUUAAACUAGCUAUGGACGUUUUACCAAAAAAUUAUAAUUUUGAAAUCCCUAAAACAAUCUGGAGAAUCAAACAGGCUAAAUCAAAACAUGUUGCACUUCAGUUUCCUGAGGGAUUAUUAAUAUUUGCAACAACAAUUGCCGAUAUAAUCGAGUCAUGGACAGAAGCAGAUACUACAAUAAUGGGAGAUGUAACAUAUGGAGCUUGUUGUGUGGAUGACUUUACAGCCCGAGCCAUCGGUGCAGAUUUUAUGGUUCAUUAUGGUCACUCUUGUCUUAUCCCAAUAGAUCAGACAGGUUCAAUUCCAUGUCUUUAUGUAUUUGUUGAUAUCCAGUUUGAUACAGUUCACCUUAUAGACAACAUCAAAUCUGUUUUCCCUUCAACAGUGCCAUUAGCCUUAGUGUCAAUUAUUCAGUUCGUCAGCUCACUCCAAAAAAUGGCCCAAGAACUUAAGAGUUGUGGGUACACAGUGUGUGUCCCACAGUGUCGACCACUGUCUCCUGGAGAGGUUCUUGGCUGUACUUCACCUCCUGUUCCAGAGGGCCAUACUAUCAUAUGCCUUGGUGAUGGAAGAUUCCACUUAGAGUCCAUAAUGAUCUCAAAUCCAGAAAUUCCUACUUAUUUGUACAAUCCUUACUCAAAGAUCCUAUCAAGAGAGUACUACGACCAACCAUUGAUGAAGAAAAUUCGCAAAGAAGCCAUUGAUAAAGCAAGCAAGGCAAAAAAAUGGGGACUAAUAUUGGGAACUCUAGGUAGACAAGGCAGCACCAAAGUUCUUGAAAACCUUCAGAAACAGUUAUCAGCUACAGGAAAAGAGUUUGUCAUUGUGCUACUGUCAGAGAUCUUCCCAGCAAAGUUAGCUGCCAUGAGUGAUGUGGAAGCAUGGGUACAGGUGGCAUGCCCUCGACUUUCUAUUGAUUGGGGUGCUUCUUUCCCCCAUCCACUUCUAAAUCCAUAUGAGGCAACUGUGGCCCUCAAACAUGCUGAAUGGCAUGUCCAACAUUACCCAAUGGACUUUUAUGCAAACGAAAGCUUAGGAGAGUGGACCCCUAAUCACAAACCUCCUUGUCCUUGUGGAUUCAAAAGGAGUACUGGUUGCAAAGGACCAAGGUGUCCAGCAGCACCGAAUAAAUAAAUUAUUCAAAUGAGCACCGCUUCAAAUGUAAUAUAUGUGGAAAUGUACAA